CCCCCGAGGCUUUGUGUUAGAGGGGUCCCAGGCUAUGUGCAGAUGCAGAUGCACGGAUGGCCUGCUGUCCAUGCAGCUGAAAGUUUCCGCCCCCAUCAGCCCUGCCUGCGUGCCGGAUGCUCACUAGCUCACUACACCGGAGUGGCCGAGUGGAGCUGCACCUUUAACGCCGCCGCUGCCGCCGGCCUACAGAACCGCGCAUGACGCUCAUCAACCAAAGACCUAAACUCAUACCAGCUUUACAGUUUCCCUUCACUGAAACUAAGAGGCUCAAACCUGUUCCAGCAUGACGAUGCCCCUGUGCACAAAGCGAGCUCCAUGAAGACAUGGUGUGUGAAGGUUGGAGUGGAAGAACUCGAGUGUCCUGCACAGAGCCCUGACCUCAACCCCACUGAACACCUUUGGGAUGAACUGGAACACCGACUGAACCCCAGACCUCCUCGACAUCCCAACAUCAGCGCCUGACCUCACUAAUGCUCUUGUAGCUGAAUGAACACAAAUCCCCACAGCCACGCUCCAACAUCUAGUGGAAAGACUUCGCAGAAAACACAAACACAGGGGGAAUAAAUCUGGAAUGAGAUGUUCAAUAAGCACAUAUGGAUGUGAUGGUCAGGGGUGCACAUACUUUUGGCCGUAUAGUGUACAAUGCGCAGUAAGGGGAGGAAAAAAAACCCAGUGCUGCGAUGUCACUCGUGCUUCAGGGUAGACAUGUUCUCCAAAGGCACCAAGCGCAAGUUUCCCAGUGAUGAUGAUGAGAUGUCGGACGAGAACCUGGCCGGUGCCAAGGUGUCCUCCUCGUAUAGUCUGCAGCGCCAGUCUCUACUGGACAUGUCGCUCAUCAAGCUGCAGCUCUGCCACAUGUUAGUGGAGCCCAACCUGUGCCGCUCUGUGCUCAUCGCCAACACGGUGCGGCAGAUCCAGGAGGAGAUGACCCACGACGGCAGCUGGGUCGUCACCGAAGCCUUCUGCAGCGGGACCCAGGGCCCGUCCGAGCGCCUGGUGGCCACCGAGGUACUCUGCCGUUCACGCGAGCAGGAAGCCGAGCCUAAGCUCUUCUCGGUUAUCAGCUACGAAGGAAUCAGCCGCGAGGAGGAGGUGGUGGCGGACGAGACGCUGUGUUCGGUCUCGGUGCACGACUCUGCCUCUGACGUGUGUCUCUCAGCGACCUCGAGUCGUUGCUGGGACGCGACCAAGGACUCCCGUGAAAGCUCCAGGCUUGGUCCAGGAGACGACGAUGAUGAAGACGAGGAUGAAGAUGACGAACAGGAAAGUUCCUCCAGGGAGGAUCCAAAGGCAAUGGGGCAAGUUUUUGGGACAUUUGAGAUUAAGAAUGGUGCCUCGGGUCCGGACUCGGCUCUUGAGGAAUUGUUCUCAGACGUGGAUGCGUCGUAUUACGACCUCGACACCGUGCUGACAGGCAUUCAGAGCACGGCGCCUAAGAUGGGUCCAUACGACCUGCUGGACAGUUUGAGUCCCUCUCACACGCCGACGUCUAUAAACUCGCCGUCAAACUGCCGCUCGGAUCUGAACGAACUGGACCACAUCAUGGAGAUCAUUGUCGGCUCUUAGACGAGAGUCGGCUCUGAGACUAGUACGCUUUUUCCUCUUAAUGUUUUUCUACCUGUUGUGGAAGUUCAGUCUGCAGUCCUUUCAGGGAAAGGAGUGUGUGUCUUCUAAAGAAUGGCCUUGAUUUUAUGAGCUGACCAGUUAUCUUAUUUGCGUACCCUUUGUAUGUUCUUUCUCCCCCCUAUUUGUCUGGUUUUUUUUUUAUUUAUUUCUUUCUUGCGUCCAUUAACACUACAUACAGGAUGGAGAGCAGAACCAGAUGUAUACACAAAUGAAAAAAAGAUAUUUUCAUAAAGAUGAAAUUGCCUAACUGUAAAAUUAUAAAUGUAUAUUUUUACAAUAGAUACUGCUUGUUAACUGUUACAGUGCACUCGCUAUCGGUUUCCAACAUUAUGGUUUUAAACAGAUUCGCAGAUCAGUUAUCGACGUCAUGUUGUGGCUUUUUUUUUUUUUUUUUUUCUUAUUCCUUUCAGGAUUCGGAAAUGGCAGUAAGAAUACGGCGAUGCAUGACUUCUUUUUAUUGUAGCACACUUUUAGGUGCAUUUUGGCACCCAGCGUAUUUCUCCCAUCAGUAUCUGGGCAAAUCGUCAGCCUGUGUUCUAAUAUUAGAAGUCAUAGUGUUCUUAUAUUUGUUUUAUCGACAAAUGAAGAAUAAUGGGGCUGCCCCAUUCUAUAUAGUGACUUUUAAUUUAUUUUUAUUUAUUUGUUGCAAACUUUACAUGUUGAGUGUUGGCUUUGGUCAAACUCAGGGCAGAAGAGACUUCAUGGGCCUGAUUCGCCCCAAAUCCCUCAACCAGUAGUUCAUUUUAAUUUAAAACAUUUUUAAAAUUUGCUGGUUUAAAGCCUUUGGUAUGUGCAGAAGGCAGUUGUGAUGGAUUAUGUCCACUACUUUGAUGCACAUCUACAGAUCUAAAGAUAACGUAUUUCAGUCAUAGCUUUAUUUUCGGCUGCCUUUCAUUAUAAAGUCUCUGAUCAGGUAAAGAAAUCCUGAAUCUGAUGUCGUGUUUUGCAGCCUGCUGUCUAAACGCAGCCUCCUGAUGAGCUAUACACUUUCUCUGAUCCUAUGCAUUAAGUGUCGCAAUACACUUCCUAUGCACAAAGUGUUCGAGCACAUUUUAAAGUACAGUAUUGACUUUAACUUUGUAUUUUUCUCCGUCAGAAAGAGGACAGGGUUUAACGAUUGUCUUCCUGUUACAGAAACUUCAAUUCAGUCAUCAAUUCUGAAACCAUUUCUUUUAGUAAAAAAAAAAAACGAUUACAUUACAUUAAUUCGAGCGGAUGUAAUUCCUCUCUGCUUUAUGUCAGUUUCAUUUUUAAGUAUGAUAUAAAUCUAGAGUAGAGCAUAAAAACAUUUUAUAUGUGCAUUGUAGCAUUUUUAUAACAUUUUUAAUAAAAAAAGCACAAAUUAAAA